UAUAAACUGCCAUUUCCGAUAUUUUUAGCUUUUGAUAGAAACCUGUUAUUUACAUUUGUACAGGUUAGCAAAACAUUUUUUUUUUCACAUAGAAUCUAACUAAAUCUAGAUCUAGAUUCUAAUAAUGGCAACGCAAAUGGAAGUAGAUCUUGACCAGCCUCCAGCUAGUGUCAUGGCAUCUCCGGGAACCACAGGCAGUGUUACUGUGGCUCUUCAUCCUCUUGUGAUAAUGAAUAUCUCGGAACACUGGACUAGAGUCAAAGCUCAAGAAGGCAAGCCUACUCAAGUUUUAGGUGCGUUGAUUGGCCAACAAAAAGGAAGAAAGAUUGAGGUCAUGAACUCAAUAGAAUUAAUGUUUGAUGUAGUUUGUGGGGACAUUGUCAUUGAUAUGAGCUACUAUGCACUGAAAGAAGGACAAUUUAAGCAAGUCUUCAGUGAAAUGGAUUUCUUAGGCUGGUAUUCAACAGGUGAUGGUCCCACAGAAUCGGAUAUUAAAAUUCAUAAACAAUUCUUCAUAAUUAAUGAGAGUCCAGUUUUCUUACAAUUAAAUCCUCAAGCAAGAACUUCAGAUCUUCCUAUUUCAAUGUUUGAAUCAGUGAUUGAUCUAGUCCGGGGAGAGGCUACAGUUUUAUUUGUGGACAUUCCUUACACAUUAGCCACUGAGGAGGCAGAGAGAAUUGGUGUCGACCAUGUGGCCAGGAUGUCUACUGCAGACACUGGGGAUUCUUCCACUGCUGAACACUUGGUUGCCCAACACAGUUCUAUCAAGAUGCUGCACAAUCGAAUUAAAAUUAUUUUGGCUUACAUUCAAGCCUCUCAGAAAGAUGAAGUAGCCAAGAAUCAUGAUAUUCUGAGAGACUGUUACAGUUUGUGCUACAGGCUUCCAGUCCUCAACUCACAGAGAUUCCAGGAGGAUUACUACACACAAUGUAAUGAUGUAUGUUUAAUGGCCUACCUCGGUGCAAUUACCAAAGGAAGUAACACAAUGAACCAGUUCCUGAACAAGUUCAACAUCCUGUAUGACAAAGGAAUGGGAAGAAGAAUGAGAGGAUUGUUUUUUUAAACAUUUCAAAAUGUUACUUCACAUUUAUUUAUUGUGUCACUUGUAAAUACUUGAGUCUGAUUGUUGAGCAUACAUGAUACUUCUUGUUCUGAUUGGCUGCCUUGUGUAUCAGUCGUCUCUCUGAAAGGCUUGCAUCUCAGUUGUGUUUGAUUAACGUCUCCUGGCACCAAGACAUUGCUAGAGAGCUUGGUGUAGUGUGUUCAUUUACUACUUUAAUAAAAUGUUAAAAAUGCAAA